GCAUUGGUCAUUCAUCCAACGAAUCGCUGAGUUUUGCGUCCUAGUGUUAAAUUCAUACAUAUUCUUCUGAGAACAAACCACAGGGGAGUGUGAAAGUAUUUCCUCAUCUCUAUGACUGGACUGCGGUUGCUGAGCCGUAUGACGAAAUGCAUGUCCUUCUCACUCCGCGCCAAACUGGCCCAGCUUCCUGCUGCCUCUGCGUCUCGCAUCCCACAAAACGAGCUCGUCGAUGAAGAGCUUUGUCCAGGAUACAACCCCAAAUGGUUCUAUCCAGCUAAAGCUGGAGAGAUACUUUCCAAUUGCUAUCAAUUGCUGGUGAAGAUUGGUUGGGGAACGCGUUCAACAGUAUGGCUCGCACGGGAUAUGACAAGAUACAGAUGGCAGUCGGAGCGGUUGGUUACACUGAAAAUAAUAAAUACACACAGUUCCACAGAUGCCCAUCAUGAGCGUGACAUCGAGAAAUACAUUGCACGACAAAAUCCCUCACAUCGCGGCUAUGGGAUCAUCCGAACUUGCCUUGGAAGUUUCGAGGUGGCUGGUCCGGAAGGGAAUCAUCUUUGUUUGGCAUAUGAACCGAUGCGAGAGCCAAUUUGGAUUCUCCAGAAACGAUUUGUGGACCAAAAACUCCCCCUCUCGGUUGCGAAAGCAUAUAUUUUCAUUCUUCUUGCUGGUCUCGACUAUUUGCACAUGGAAUGUAGAGUUGUUCAUACUGACUUAAAGCUUGAAAAUAUCCUAAUGACCUUCGAAAACGAUAGCACCCUCUCUAAUUUUGUUAAAGAGCAGAUUGCUAACCUGCCCAUGCAAUUUAAGACCGAUCCAACCACCGGGCAAACCGUCUAUCGCUGCCACAACGACUUCGGACCCCUGAACUGGAGGGAGCUGAAAAAGAUGAUACCAAAAAUUAGUGAUCUUGGAUUGGCGACGCGACUCCACUGUGACAGUCUGGAAGGGCAAGAGGGGAAGAGAGAAAUUGGUCUUCAUCCUAUACAGCCGGAUCACUAUCGUGCUCCGGAAGUUAUUCUUGGCUGCGGUUGGGAUUUUAGUGCAGAUAUAUGGAAUUUUGGUGCCCUGUCAUGGGAUAUCAUUGAGCACACAGCAUUAUUCCGUAACGUGCAUGAUACUCAAGGUCGUUAUGAUGCGAAAACACAUCUAGCAGAAAUGAUUGCUCUGCUUGGCCCGCCUCCUAAGGAAUUCCUCGCAAAAUCAGGUGCUAUGGCACAGUACAAGUGGCCUGACGCUUUGGAAGAUGAUGCAGGCGAGCUCUGUAGCAAUGCACGAGAAUUUUUUGGUGGGCCUUUUUUUGAUGAAGAAGGCCAAUUUCUAUACACUGAUCUGGUUCCAGCCCGAAGACUUGAAGAUACAAUUCCAUCUUUAGCAGAGAAGGAGAGGGUAGCUUUCUUGUCUUUUAUUAGUCAUAUGCUUACCUGGCUCCCAGAAGAUAGAAAGACAGCUCGUGAGUUGAUGGAACAUCCAUUUCUCAGCCUUGGAAAUCCCAAAGUAUAAGGAUAAGCUUUUGUCAAUUAUUGAAAGAGGCUGGUGCCUCCUUUAGACCAUUAUAUAUCUUAUACAACCAUUGUAGAAUCAUGAACCUUUUAUUAAAUUGCCAAG